UGAGGAGCCGGCCCAGCUUCAGAGAGGAAACACUUCCUCCCCAUCACUUGCCUUCUCAUCUCAGCACCUGCACUGACUGAAAUCCACACACGGGCCCUCCUUUGAUGAUGUCCACUGAGCAAAUGCAGCCGCUGGAGCUCUCAGAAGACAGACUGGACAAGCUUGACCCUCGUUGUGGCCACUUAGAUGACCUUUCAGACCAGUUUAUUAAGGACUGUGAGCUCAAAAAGAAGCCAAGAAAAGGGAAAAAUGUACAAGUCACCCUGAAUGUUGAGUCAGACCAGAAAAAACCAAGGAGAAAAGAUACACCGGCCCUGCACAUCCCACCUUUCAUACCAGGUGUGCUUUCAGAACAUUUAAUUAAAAGAUACGAUGUCCAAGAGAGACAUCCAAAAGGCAAAAUGAGUCCAGCUCUUCAUAACACUGACCUGGAUCAGAAAAAGCCACGGAGAAAAGACACACCUGCCCUGCACGUGUCCCCCUUUGCAGCAGGUGUGACACUGCUCAGGGACGAGAGACCCAAAGUGAUCAUGGAAGAUGAUGAAAAAGAUGGUGACAAAUAG